AUGCCGAUGCCAGCACACUUCCUGCUGCUCCUGCUACUGCUCUUCGGGGACCCGGGAACAGGCCUCUCCCGCAAGAUCUGCAAAGCUGGGCCUGUCUUCGGCUGCCUCAAUACAGCCUUGUCCAAGGUCAAGAAGAACCAGAUGGAGGAUGUGCCCCUUCUAAGCAAGAAGAGCUUCCAUUACCUGCCCAGUCAAGACCCAUCUUCCAGAGAGGAGAAAGAGGAGGAAGAAGGAAAUCUGGACAAGGACAAAAGGACUUUCACAGGUUCUGGGAGUGGAGGUGGAGCUGGAAGCGCCCGGUACAAAUACCUGCUCCAAGCACAGCACAAGGGGAAGCUGCACCAGGACAAAGGCAAAAGCGACCAGCGCACCAAGUUCACACUGUCCCUUGAUGUUCCUACUAACAUCAUGAACAUUCUCUUCAACAUUGCCAAGGCCAAGAACUUGCGAGCCAAGGCAGCUGCCAACGCUCACCUGAUGGCACAGAUCGGGCGAAAGAAGUAG